UUAAGUCCGGUUUGGUUUUUAAGCCCACAGAAUAAACCUCAAUGCUACGUUUCUACCACUGGAGAUUUCCGCCGUCCCUCGCCGCCGCGAGAAUGCUCUCAUCACCACCACCACCACCACCAACACCUCACUCUCAACCUUCCAUCUCCAGCGGCGUCUCAAAUUCGAUCUCAACCACUAAAAACUUCAAACCCAAGUUACUAUCCACUCAAUCCCAACUCCAGAACCUCUCUUCCUCUCCUCUAAAAUCCACGGUGGCUUGUUCUAGCUCUGGACCUAUCCGACAAAACAUGACUACUGUCUCUCAAUGCUUCUCAACCAAACAAGAACCUGUCGAGUCAGAUAAAAGCUCACUCCUUGUGGUUUCAUUCUACAAGUUCGCUGAUUUUCCAGACCAUGCUGAUCUAAGAAAGCCCCUCAAGGAUCUCUGCGAAGAAUUGUGUGUUUCAGGUGGAAUCAUACUAGCACCAGAAGGAAUCAACGGAAGUAUCUGUGGGAGCCGUGAAUCAGUGGAGAGAGUGUUGGCGUUUAUACAGAGUGAUGUCCGUUUGAGUGGUCUGAGGCAAGUGGAGACGCCAGUGAGUCCUGAACAAGAAGCAAUACACCAUGGACAUAGCAGUGGCUCUCCACUUGCGGCUGGUGAGGAUGCUCCGUUUAGAUGGGAUCACGUUAGGGUCAAACUCAAGAAAGAGAUUGUCACGCUUGGAAUGCCGAGUGUCUCGCCUAUUGAAAGAGUUGGAACAUAUGUGAGCCCUGAGGAAUGGAAUGAACUGAUCAGUGAUCCGGAAACUGUAGUGAUUGAUGUGAGGAACACCUAUGAGACUAGGAUUGGGAAGUUCAAAGGAGCUGUGGAUCCAUGCACCACAGCUUUCAGGCAUUUCCCAUCUUGGGUUGAGGAUCAGUUUGCAUUGAAGCAAGAAGGCAAUGAAACGCAAGCAAAGGUGGAGAAAAAUGAAGAAGAGAAAGCUGAGAAACCGAAGGGGCUGCCACGGAUUGCUAUGUACUGCACUGGAGGAAUCAGAUGUGAGAAAGCUUCAAGCUUUCUUCUUAGCCAAGGCUUCGAAGAGGUGUAUCAUCUGAAAGGUGGGAUACUGAAGUACCUAGAGCAAGUCCCCAAAACAGAGAGCUUGUGGGAAGGAGAAUGCUUUGUGUUUGACAAACGUGUGUCAGUGGAACAUGGUUUAGCACAAGGAACACAUAAACUCUGCUAUGGAUGCAAGCAGCCUAUAAGUGAUGAAGACAUGGAAGCUCCAGAGUAUGAGUCUGGAGUCUCUUGUCCUUACUGUUACUCUGAGAAGUCCGAAGAGGAGAAAGAAAGAGCAAGAGCAAGGCAGAUUCAGUUUGAGGAAUGGGGUGUAAUUGGUGGUCCGGAUAAAGGUCGUAGGCCUGCUACUAAACCGGAUAGUCCAAGAAAGAGCAGUGCCAAGUUUGGUUCUUCAAUAUAGAUUUUGAUGUUAAGAAAGACUAUCUGAAAGAUUUUGUGGUCUCCUCCAUAAUUUAUAAAACCAUUGUUAUAUUUGAGUGGCUUAAACGCUAAUCAUCAAGGAAAUGGAAUUGUGUUUUAAGUUUUCUGAUGAUAUUCAUUUCUUUUGGAGUCAAUUUGAAGAAGAACGACAUAACAGUACAACGGCAAGUUGUUCAAGUUGUUUCUUGUAAUCCGGCAGCAAGUGUAAAAACAGUAAAACGGCACGCUGUGCAUGUUUUCACACGUGGAACGGCAUGAAGUGUGAGAAUCUCUUUUAAUGUCGACGACUAAGAUGGCGUCGCGUCCUCGUUGAAGGAUCGUUUCUGGGGAUUUGAUUGAUAGCUAAGGAGAGAGAGAGAGAGAGAGAGAGAGAGAGAUCGAAGCGGUGAUGACAGGAGGAGUGCUCAAGCUCGUGAAGCCAAAGAUCCAAUCUGCGGAUAUCCAAGCCGCCGCAGGAUGGGGUAUCGCCGCCGCAGCCGGCGCCAUCUGGGUCGUCCAACCAUUUGAUUGGAUUAAGAAGACAUUCAUUGAUAAACCAGCAGCUGAAGACAAGUGAGUGAUCAAGAUCCAAGACAAAGUGAGAGAUUUUUUUUUUUCUUCCAGUUUUCAAGUUUGUUAUUGCAUCUUUGCGAUGUAGCUGAAUAAAUUUUUGGUUCUGUUCUGGGGACUUCUUGUUUCAUGACUUCAUUGUAGACAUUCUGUUUUCUCGAAUGUUAUAACACAAAGAAGCACAUUCCAAAUU